UUGCGGCAUGUAGAAGGAUUUUAGUAUCUUAAGGAAGGAUACGACGUAACGGGACGUGAUUAGCGUAAUGAAUAACAGUGUUUUUCAUUACACCGUCAUAACUUUGGCCCCCAUUUGGGCUUCAAGCUAGGCGACUUUGGUCCUUGCUAGGCGGUUUUGGUCUGGUAAGAAUUAUUUUGGCGAAUUAUUUCUUUCAAUGCAAUCGUGAUAAAAGGUUUAUGGAACUUAUUUUUGUGUUUCCAUUUUUUAAAGAAAAAGACACAACGCUUUUUAUCAAAUCAAUAUUAGCAUCCUGAUGAUGAUGAAAACGAUGAAAACCAAGUCUUUAUAUUGAUAUUUUUGGCAGCGCCGGCGGAUCUUUCGGAUUCCGGCACCAUCCGCUGCAAAUAUGGGUAAGCCCCGUGGUCUGCGCACUGCUCGCAAGCACGUCAAGAACCGCCGUGAGAACCGGUGGGCCGACAAUGACUACAAGAAGGCCAACCUGGGAACGCGCUGGAAGGCCAACCCCUUCGGAGGCGCCUCUCACGCCAAGGGAAUCGUCCUAGAGAAAGUCGGUGUGGAGGCUAAGCAGCCGAACUCGGCCAUCCGCAAGUGCGUGCGUGUGCAGCUGAUCAAGAACGGCAAGAAGAUCACGGCGUUCGUGCCGCGUGACGGCUGCCUCAACUACGUGGAGGAGAACGACGAGGUGCUGGUGGCCGGCUUCGGUCGGAAAGGUCACGCCGUCGGAGAUAUUCCCGGUGUGCGUUUCAAGAUCGUGAAGGUUGCCAACGUGUCCCUGCUCGCCCUGUACAAGGAGAAGAAGGAGCGUCCCAGGUCGUAAACCAAUACAUGUGAGGUCGUCGA